CGAAGAAUUCCCAAAUUCUUUCGCAUCUUUUCCGUGUGACGGUAUCCAGGUUUGCACCUUCUCAACCCCCACCGUACCCAGAUUAGUUACUCCGUCGCUAACCUUUCCCGUCCGAUAAUGUACGGUGGCUCCGCCAAGCUCGGCGGCCGUGGCCGCGGCGGCGGUCCUGUCAAGCGCAACAUCCACUCCGCCUUCCAACCUUCUUCCGUUCAACGCCCAUCCGCUACCCCUGCCGGUACCGGUCACCGUAACCGCAGCAAUACUCCGGCCGCCGCCGCCGCUACAACCUCCACUGCCGAAGAAUCAUUCAGUUUAGUUCGCAACAAUCCUCUCAACUUCGGUAUGAUUAUUAGGCUCACGCCUGUUCUUAUUGAAGAAAUCAAGCGCCUCGAAGCGGAGGGAGGUGUUGCCAGGAUGAGAUUUGAUUCGAGUGCUAAUAACCCUAACGGAAAUGUUAUAAAUGUAGGAGACAAGGAGUUCAGAUUCACAUGGUCCCAAGAAACUGGUGACCUAUGUGACAUAUAUGAAGAACGCCGAACUGGUGAUGGAGAUGGUUUGCUUGUUGAGUCUGGAGGUGCUUGGCGGAAGUUGAACGUUCAACGUGAAUUAGAUGAAUCUGUUAAAAACCAUGUUAAAAUGCGAACAGUGGAAGCAGAACGCAAGCACAAAUCACGAAAAGCCAUUAUUUUAGACCAUAAAAAUCCAUCUAUGAAGAAUCAAAUGAAGGCCUUAGCUGCUGCUGAAGUAAAUAAUGCAUGGAGAGGGUCAUACAAACAAAAGAAGGACCUCCCUUUCAAAAAGACGAAACCUGAAACUUCUUCAGCUGUAAUUCCUCUUAAAUCUGGUGGAAAAGCUGGGUUUUCCUCGUCAACUCCUUCGAAAGUCAGGGCUUCAACUUCACCUCUACAAAUGACACCUGAGCAAUCUGGUGUGCCGUUAUCUCCACUUAGAAGUAAUAACGCUAAUAAGUCACACGCAAACAGAGAAGAUGCUACUUUGACUCAAUCUAGUAAAGAGAACGCUAGCACUUCCGAGAGAGAAAUGUUCAACAGAGUUCCUGUUCCUGCUGGUAUUGUACAGAAUAAACCAGGGAGCAAUGAAAGAUUCGGAAACAAACCUACUGACCCGCAGAGUUUGCUAAUCUCUCUUCUUAUGGGGAAACCACAAGGAAUGAACCUCAAGGCUCUGGAGAAAGCUAUUGGAGAAACCAUUCCCAAAUCCGUGAAGCAAAUUGAGCCCAUUUUGAAAAAGAUUGCUGUGUUCCAAGCUCCAGGAAGAUAUGUAUUGAAACCCGAUGUUGAGUUAGAAAGUGUCAAGAACCCUUUAUUUGAAAGUGGAAGCUCUCCAGAAAACGAUAACCAUCACCGAGAAGCAACAACUGCACCCGAAUCUAGCUUCCCUUCGAGAACCGAUGACGUGACGGAAACUGAACAACCAUCUCACCUAAUUUCCAAACCUUAUGAAGAUUUAAACAUUUUAGAAAACAAUGAUAUUGGCAAUCCUUCCCCAGACGCAUUAAGCGAUAAAAAAGUCUCUCACAAUAACGAAGAUCAUGCGGUUAGCUCUAGCAGGAGCGGAAGUGACAGUGACAGUGAAAGUGACAGCAGUGACAGUGAAAGCAACAGCAGAAGUCCUGUCGGUAGCAAGAGUGGUAAUAGUAGUGACAGUGAUAGUGAUAGUGAUGCUUCUUUAAACAGUAAACAAGGGUCCGAUGAAGAUGUAGAUAUCAUGAGCGAUGAUGAUAAAGAACCCAACCAGAACUUACAACCAUUCAACCAUGAAUUAGGAUAUGCACCACAUAAUAUGCUUGAUCUUGAAAAAGAUUUGUUUGAAGAUAAUAAAGACGAGGAUAAUUAUGCAGAUGAUACCAAAAAUCUCUUCAAUAAUCAUCAAGAGAGUGAAGUUCAUGGUCAUGCUAAAAAAGUCGUAUCAAGAAGUAAUACAUCUAAAAGGGGAUCUGAUGAGAAACAUUUUGACGAAAGUGAAAACGCGAAGAGAUUAAAAUCAGGGAACUCGUCUCGGUCCUCAGUUUUGAGAUCUCCUGAUGGGCCCGGAAUGAUGAGCCGAACUGUUGGUGACUUGUCUGAUUAUGACUAUGAAAAUGUCAACAACCGUGAGUUUCUUGGAAAUUCAACUUUGGAUUCCCCAAGAUCUGGCCCGAGAUCGAUUGACCUUAAUGCACGCGCAAAACCUCCUGCUGACAUGGAUAACAUUGUUAGGUUCUCUGAAAGGGGCCCACAAGAUAAUAGAGUUAAUAAAGAAACGCGUGAUGAAGACGGUCAACCCAAGGAUAGAAGACCGCCGAAGAAUUCUGGAGGCAAACCUCCGGGUUCUCAUCAAAAGAAACACGGUGCUUUAAUUGGAAAAAAUAAGGAACCGGAGUUACUGUCAACAUCGCAGAUUAAAAACUCUCCCGCCGACUUGAAAAAGUCAACCGUGAUAAACGGACGUGGACCCGCACUCCAAAGAGAGCUCUCUGAUUUAGAAAUGGGUGAAUUGCGUGAGAAUUGGCAUGAAGAAAAGCGUUUUGGGAAAAAUAAUUCAUUUAAACAGUCAGAGAACAAAUCAAGUUCAGAUUACUGGAAUCUUGAUGAAAGUACAGUAAAGCCUAACGAUGUCGUAAACUUACCUAAAAAGGUUGUCUCCGACGAUCAUGUUGACGAUUUCACAAGGUUUAAUGGCAAACAGUCACUAUCAAGAACUGAUCAUUUGAAAUCUGGGUCGCAAAACGAUAAAGGUAAACAUAAUGAGGCUGGUUCAGAAGGGUACACAGUCAACACUGAGAGUCAAAGAAAAGGGCAUGUCGGUGGGCCCCAUAAGCAUGAGAAACAAGUGAUGCCUACAAAAGAUAAGAAAAGACAUAAGUCUAAAGAUAUAGGAGAAAAAAAGAAGGAUUUUCGGUUGAUAAAUAGCAGGGAUAACAGUGAAACAAAAAGGCGGGAAAUGGAGUCUUGUUCUGACGACAGUAUUACUUCGUAUAUUAAGUAUGAGAAAGAUGAACCGGAGAUGAAGGGACCGAUACGCGAUAUUUCACAGUACAAUGAGUAUGUGCAAGAGUAUCAUGAGAAGUAUGAUUGCUACCACACGUUGAACAAGAUUUUGGAAUCUUACAGAAACGAGUUUCAAACCUUUGGAAGGGACCUUGAGCUUGCUAAAGGAAAAGAUAUUGAAAGAUAUAACAAAAUAUUGGAACAGUUAAUGGAGUCCUAUCGCCAAUGUGGAAUGAAACAUAAACGCCUGAAGAAGAUUUUUGUUGUGCUUCAUCACGAACUACAGCAUUUGAAGGAGAUGAUUCGAGACUUCGUUGAGAAACAAACAAAAGGAUGAUGCACAAAAUCGAUCAGUAGACAAAAUAGGAAAAAGAAAGUGAAGAAACUCAAAUCUUUUGUUUUUUUUAAUUAAAGUAUUUUUUUCAGUGUUCUAGAGUCUUAACCUGCAGUUGUUGGCUGUGAAUGGAGGUGGUGAGUGGCGACCGAUGAAGUUAAAUGACGUUUCGGUAGGCAUAAUGGAGAAGGAAAAGUUUUGGAUUAGUUGUGUAUAUAAACACUGUAUAUGUAUUUUGUUAUAUUUUUAUUUUUUUUGCGUCGUUUUUUCUAGAUAUGGUUGCGGUUUGGGUUGUAAUAUUUGAUAUGCACAGUAAUUUAGAGUUGAAAAGGUUCCAGUUUUA